CAGGCAUUGCGGUCAUCGCCCAACGGCGGCAUCUGGAAUGAACGUCAUGGCGGAACACAGUGGAAAGAAAACAACACAAUGCCAAAUAAUUCAUCGAUUUUUCUGAAGAACCGGUAGUUUAACAAGAUAAUGUGUCACAGGCUUGAAGAUGUUAUGAAACUGUGCUGUGAGUUAUCUGCUGAUCAGCAGAUCCAGACUACAGUGAAGGGGUCUGGGAAGGGGGCAGCAGCAGCCGGAGGCCUGGCCUUUGCUGGAGGCCUGGUUGGAGGUCCUCUUGGUAUUGCGGUGGGUGGAGCUGUCGGCGGCCUCCUUGGCUGCUGGCUGACCAGCGGCCAGUUCAAGCCUCUCCCUCAGGUCAUCAUGGAGCUGAGUCCUCAGCAGCAGCAGAAGCUCUACGCCGAUGUCGCCGCCAUCCUUGGAGACAUUCAGUGGACCGACGUGGCGCAGCUGACGGCUCUUGUGAUGAGCAACAGCAGCCUGAAGCAGCAACUCACAGCUGCCCUUCUUGGCUAUGUCACCAAGGAGCUUCAAGGAAACGUGCACUACGUGGAUUAGUGUCUACGGGUCCGCUGGGUGUCAGACUCCUUAAAGGUAUCCUUAAAACCCACACUGACAACACCGGCCUUGUGGUGACAACACAUAUAUGGGAAUUGUGCCAUUGCAUUUGUGCAUAGUAUUCAUACCCAGACCAUGUUUUGAGUUUUUUUAUUUCAUAAAUAUUAUUUUUUAGCUGGUGGGAGAACAUGCAAACUCCACACAGAUAUGACCCAGAAGAAAACAUACAAGAAGAAAAUAAUUUUUUAUUUAAAUAUAUUUAACCUCUUAGCAUUGCUAUGCAAAAAUGGAAAAAAGGUCAGUAUUUUCUGAGUUAAUUCUGAGUCAAUCUGAGUUAAAGUUAUAGUUAUUAGUAUUGUUUUAAGCUUGAAUGAUAUGACUGAAGUUGUGUUAGAUCAGGGGUCUCAAACUCAAUUUACCUGUGGGGCCCCUGGAGCUAGGGUCUGGGCAAGGCUGGGCCGCAUCAGGUUUUCCAAAAAAACGCAUUUAUUAAAAACAGUUCUGAUUUUCUACAAUAAAAGCUCUGAUAAAAAAUUCCACUGUUCUCAAAUAUCUUAAUUUUUAUUUUUCUGCACAAAAUAAGAUUAAAAAUAAAUAAAUAAAUCAAGAAUAAAAAUCAAUCAGUAAUAAAUAAAUAUAAUAAUAAUAAAACGGCAAAUAAUAAAAACUUAAGAAACCACAUAUAGUUGGUGGGUAGACAAAUUAUUUUUUUUCCACAUUAAAAUGAACAAAGCAUUAUUAGAGCCCUGUAGACAUGACAAAACACAACUUUAGUCACAUUUAUACUCUUUAUUUACAACAUAUUGCGCAACUGCAGGGUCUUGAGACACAUGCUAACUCGCAAACUAGAGCGCUAGCGACCUAAACGGUAGCCUUCAAGUUAUUUCCUUUAAACUUAAAUCGCCAAAAACUUACCACUUCCACACUGACAGGGAGGAUAACUAUUAACAGUUAUUUAACCUUUAACAUGAACAUUAAUCAAACGCAAUAUUUUUUUUAUCUGGGUACAUGAUACCAUACAGCAUCCAUAUCAAACUUGCGCGGGCCGCACUAACAUUAAAUUUUCAUAUCAAGGCGGGGGGGCCGCAUUUUUGAGACCCCUUCAGUCAUGUAAUUCAAGCUUAAAAACAAUACUUAUAACUUUAACUCAGAUUGUGGCCAGGAUAUUAAUGCUUUUUGUGCUUAUUUGUAUCUUUUUAUUCAUCAACCUUUUCUUAGUAUGAGUUAAGAUGUUAUAUUUAUUCUUGGAACCCUCACUUUACGUUUACGAUGAGACGAAUAAAGAUGUU